UCGUUCUCUCUAUAUAUUUACAUUGACACGCAUUUGCACAAAUAUAUUCAAAGAGUAAAAUCAUUCCUGAUCGAUACAAAGCACAGCCAUACUCCAUACACAGCAUCUUUUACCUUAGAUCAAAGUUCUUUUCACUAAUCGUUUCAAGAUGAGUCAGUACGAUCACAACCAAUCUGCAGGAGCUAACCCACCGCCACCGGUUUCAACUGCACCACCACCGAUUGGUUACCCGACCAACGACCAGAGUCAUGGUUCGGCUGCUCCGGCUAAAGUGGAAACCAAGUCUAAGGGUGACGGAUUCUUUAAAGGCUGUCUUGCGGCCAUGUGUUGCUGUUGUGCCCUUGACAUCUGCUUCUGAGCUAUUUGGAAUGUUUUUUUUUUCUACAACGAGUUGUGACUUGUGUGUGGAUCUGAUGUGAAUUAUUCUCUCCAGUUUUAUUGUAUAAAAAUUUCGCUAUUAUUUGUUUAUUAUUUUUUCUUGUAAUACUCUGGGUUCGAACAUAUUAUUACGGUUUGUAUAUAUUCGGAUCGCUAGUAUAUAAUCUUGCUCUUGGAUUUGUAACAAUUGCUCUAAUUUCACAGAAUUGCUCGUUUUUUAUA